AUGGCGGCACUGCCCUGCUUUCGCUUUGUUUUCCUCCGCCUCGCCACCUUGGUUGCCAUGCUGGUGCAACAAGCCCGUCUGGUGCCUGUGGCCAUGGCGCAAGCCAAUAACCUGACCGCGGGAGACGCCUUGACGCCGCCCCGGUACAUCACCAGCCCGUCGGGCGGCUUCGCCUUCGGCUUCCGCACCCUCGACUCCGACCCGACCAAGUUCGUCCUCGCCACAUGGUUCCGCUUCGCGGACGACGCCAACUCCUCCCAGCCGCAGCCGCAGUCCGUGGUGUGGUUCCUGAAAAAGACGACCAUGGGCACCGCGGUCGUCGCCACCGCGACGUCCGUCCUCAACAUCACGGGUGACGGCCGCCUCAGGCUCACAGACCGCGGCGACCAAGAGCUGUGGAGCGCCACGACUGGCAUGCAGCGCGGGUCCGUCCUCGCGCUGAGCGACUCUGGCAACGUCCAGUUCCUCGGCGACGGCGACAUCGUGCUCUGGAGAGCUUCCGGAACCCGACGGACACGCUGCUCCCAGGGCAGCCCUUGUCCUCGAGUUACUCGCCCGGGGGAUUCCUCGUCUCCAAGCGCGCGGACGCGCAGUUCGGGCAGCCUGGCAGUCCAGAUCGACGGCAACGUCGUCCUCUACCUCGACCUCUUCACCGCUGACUACAGAACGACCAACGCCUACUGGGCUACGCGCACCUACGGCCCCAAUGGCAACACGACCGUCACCUUUGACAACCAGGGUUUCCUCAACUACACGCUUCGAGAUGGCAGCGUUCACGGUUUGAUUUCGCCUAAAGGUUCCAACGGCGGCAACUACUUGCAGUUGGCGAGGAUGGACCCUGACGGCAUCGUCCGCACCUACACCCGCCCUAGAUACGGUAGCGGGGGCACGCCUUGGACAGUGUCGGGAGCACUCUCCGGUGACGGAGGCUGCAACAGGGUAACAUCUUCGAGGCAAGGCUUGUGCGGCCCGGGGUCUUACUGCGUGCAGACGAUAGACAGGCUCAGCUGCCUGUGCCCUACUGGGUACACCUACAUCGACGCGCAGCAGACCAAUAUCGGCUGCACGCCGGAGUUCGGCCCGUCGGCCUCCUUUUGCCUGUUCUGUCUCCUUUUGAUCACCAUCGGCGGCCUCGUGGCACAGCAUUACCUCAUCAGAACCAGUGAUAGCCAGCGGCCGUUGAACUCUGGUGUGAGAGUAUUCAGCUGGAAGGAGCUCUACCAAGCCACCAAUGGCUUCGACAGUCUGCUGGGCAAAGGGAGCUUCGGGGAGGUCUACAAAGGGACGAUAAGAUCGCCGCAGCCGCACCUCAUCGCGGUGAAGAAGCUCAUCAACUCCAACGAGUACAGUGAGCAGGAAUUCACAAAUGAGGUGCAGUCCAUCGGGCAGAUCCACCACCGGAACCUGGUCCGUAUGAUUGGCUACUGCAAAGAAGGCAGACACCGGAUGUUGGUCUUCGAGUUCAUGCCGGGCGGGUCACUCCGCAGCGUCCUCAUCGUCGACCAAGAGAGGCGCCCCCAGUGGUGCUGGCGUGCCGAGGCCGCCCUUGCCAUCACUCGUGGGCUUGAGUACCUCCACGAUGGCUGCAGCGCCCCUAUCAUCCACUGCGACAUCAAGCCCGACAACAUCCUGCUUGACGACCGUGGCGUCCCAAGGAUCACCGACUUUGGGAUCUCCAAGCUGCUGGGGAGCCAGCAAGUGCACACCACGGUGACCAAUGUCAGGGGCACCAGAGGGUACAUCGCGCCCGAGUGGCUCCGCAGCGAUGCGCGUGUGGACACCAAGGCGGACGUGUAUAGCUUCGGCGUCGUGCUCCUGGAGCUGAUUUGCUGCCGGAGGUGCCAGGAGCGCGUGGUGCAUGACAGGUUGUCAGCGGACGCGGGAGAUGACGACGAGACAGUCACGCUGUUUGGUUGGGCGGCGCAGCUGGUGGUAGCACGGAGGACUGAGCUGAUGUUGGACGGCGACCCGGACGUUGAGACCGUGGGGGACAAGCAGAGGGUGGAGCAGUUUGCGCGCGUGGCGCUGUGGUGCAUGGAGCCCAACCCGCUGCUGCGGCCAACCAUGCACCAGGUAGUGCAAAUGCUGGAGACCAGGAAUCAGGCUCAGAUUCAGGCACUCCCUGACCGUCCGGACUGUUACAUAGAAUCCUCACCUUUAAUUCCUCAGCUCAAGAUUGAAUGA